AUGGAAGCCGUCAGGGUUGGUAGCCCACCAAGCUCUGCCAGUAUUCCCUCCUCACGAUCCCGUAGCAUCAAAGCAACGGACGAAAUAGCGAGCCUGACCUCCUUCAAUCCAUUUUCAGAGGAAGAUGAAAAUGAUCAGUCAUCGUAUGCUCUUAUGUCCUCUCUUUUCUCCAAAAUGAGAAAUACGCUGUCUGGCCCUUUAUCCUCAGCAGUCGCUGCCGCUUCAGGAUCUACUAGUCCUGCUGCCAUUCCCCCGAACGGUACCGCAAUUGAACGUCGUAGGCCUUCCAAUGGGGGACUCGUUCAGAAUACACCGUCAUAUCCUUCAUCACGCCCUACUUCAGACAGACGACCAACACUGAACAUGAUCCCAUCCAACCCGGCGCCCGCUUUGCUGUCCUUGACUCCUGUGGUGUCGGAGACGCCAUCGUACAGUGAUUAUGACCGCCCGCCAUCUCGUGGCGGUAUGAAUUCCCCCAUCACAGAACUUCAGGAUGGUACCUACGGCACUGCGAUACCUGGCUUCCCUAUCCAAGACGAUGCCAGGAGUAUCAGAACCAGUACCAGUCUCAAACGCUCCGCGUCGGUAUCCAAAGUUAUUAGGAGAAUUAGAGGCGAAGGCUUAUCCCGUGAUUACUGGAUGGACGAUGAAACCUGCAAGGAAUGCUAUGAUUGCAAAAGCAUAUUCACAACCUGGCGGAGAAAGCAUCAUUGUCGGAUUUGUGGUCAGAUCUUCUGCUCACGCUGCGCCUCUAAUGUCAUCAAGGGAUCUCGUUUUGGACACGAAGGCCUGAUUCGCGUUUGUAAUCUCUGCCUGGAGAAACUAGCCAAGGUGGAAGACGACGACGACGAUGACAGGCGCUCGGUCAUCUCCAGCGCCACUUCUCCCUUCGCAGCUCAUCAAAUGGGUCCGGAUUCCCUCUCUCUCAGCUUGGCACAUCAUUCGCAAUCCCCCUUCGCGGCAUCCCAGCUUUUCGGUCGCACAGACGAACCAUUCAACCUCUUCUCCAUCGCAGAGACACGUCGUAUAUCAGGCUCAGACGAGAGUGGCCUUGGCUCACGGCCGAUCACUCCAAUCGAGAUCUCUCGUGAUGAUAGCAGUUGGGGUUUUGCGCGUAAAGCGAUAGCCCCUUUUCGACGAGAUGAAGAGAAGGACGUCGACACGCUCACGGACACUUACAGUCACGACCAUCUGCCUAUCGCUCCUGGAUCCAAAACGCCCGUUGACUUCCCGGUAACUGUGCCCGUCUCCAGCGAUGGCGCUACGAGUUCGAUCCAGUUUCCGAGUUCGGCGGAUAACGGUCCUGACAGUCCUAGACCUCAGAGUCUCGUCCGAUCGCGUUUUAACUCCUAUGCUGAUUUCGAAGCUGCCAGUCCGUUCAUUCGAAGUCGUGCACAGAGUCGUCUUAUGGAUACGGCUCUCAUGGGGGAGCCAGGAUGGCGGACCAGACGGGAGAGCACGGCUUAUGCUCAAGAACUGAAUCUUCUGUCUAUGUUCCACCUCCGACUCAUGGUACGACAAAUGCUCACUAGGGAAGAGAUCCCCAACGUUCGCGAAUGGGAGGACACGCUACUGAAAUUGGCUCUUCGAAUCGCCCGCGAGCUCACAUUCACCGCUCAUCCCCAACGUCAAGGGGCAGACAUGGAUGUUCGCCGAUACGUCAAGAUCAAGAAGAUCCCCGGUGGUUCUCCCAGAGACUCCGAGUACGUCGAUGGCGCCGUCAUCACGAAGAAUGUGGCGCACAAGAGCAUGUCACGUCUCCAACGGAACCCCCGAGUUAUGCUCGUCACCUUCCCCUUAGAGUUCAACCGUGUCGAAGGCCAGUACCUUCAUUUCGCCCAGAUCGUCCGCCAGGAGAAGGAAUACCUUGGAAAUCUCGCAAGUCGAAUAGCCGCGCUUCGACCCCAUGUAGUGCUCGUGGAGAAGUCGGUAUCUAGACUCGCUCUUGACGCGUUGGCCAAGUACAACAUUGCCGUCGCACGCACCGUCAAACCGUCUGCCGUACAGUUCGUUUCUCGCAUGACACAAGGAGACGUGUUCUCUUCCAUCGACAAGCUUGCACUUGAGCCACACCUUGGACACUGCUCCCGUUAUCGUAUCCAGACGUUCGACCAUCCUCUGAUUCCAGGUCAACGGAAGACAUACAUGCGAUUCGAAGGUUGUAAUCGAGAGAUGGGAUGCACCAUAGUCCUUCGAGGGGGCGACAUCGAUACACUUCGGCGGAUCAAGAAGGUCACUCGCUUCCUGACUUUCAUCGUCCGUAAUCUCAAGCUCGAGACGCAUCUGUGGAAGGACUCGAUCAUCACAUUACCGGCUUUGAGUGCCGAUGCAGUCCCCGCUUCUUACAAUCCUAUCACUAGCGACUCGCAGGCCAUCGCACCGUUCAGCAACCCCUUCGCAGAGCAAAUGACGCCGGGGCCCAUCGCCUCCCACAUUCCCGAAUGUACUCAGACUACGGUGACCGCCGCUUCGUCAGAUGAUGAUCACGAAGAUGACUUGCCGAACGAGGACGCAGAGCAGCUCCGCCUGUCUCGUCGUAUACAGCAAUCCCUCGAUCCCUACCUUACCACUUUCAUCUCCGUAUCCGCCACUCUACGUUUCUUGCCACCCCAACCCAUUCGUCGUAUGAAGGAGCUUGAUAACGAGCUCAUACGCGCCAAACGAGCCUGGGAAGACGAAGUUGUGCGACGGGAAGAAACGCAUACUCCUAUCCACCAACAGGAGAUCACCUUGACACCCUCUCCUCUCCAUCAACACGAGAUUACUGUUACACCCGCCACCUAUGAGCCACAAAGCCCUGAACUCGAUCCUCAGCAAGACCUCCACGCUCAAAUCGAAGCUCUUACCAUUCCUGAACUCUCAGCAACCCCGGAGCCUAUGGACAACAAUACCCCAAUCGCCGUCACCCGUUCGAGCGAACCAGGAUAUUUCGACUACAAGGCCCUUCCCUCCGCGUCCCAAACUAGCCUUCUUUCCAGCUUGGGGCUCUCCCCUGGUCCUGUAGCCACCCCUCAAGUCAUGGAAGUCCAGCCGAUUCCCCUUCUCUCCGCGGCGGACAUUGCGCUUCAGAGCGAGUUUAGUCAUGUCCAGUGGCAACACCAGGAGCAGCAGCGGGUUUGGCAGUGGUAUUUGCGCAAGAAUCAGGACGAUUUCAUAGUCGAAAAGUACCAGUGCAUCAGUCUGUGGGAGUUCACUCUUCCCACCGAGGAGUAUGGUCUUCACGCCGCUUGCGUCCCACCCAAGCUACAGUACAUCACGUACUACGGCGACAACGACCUGACUUUGGCCCAGUUCAUCGAGGCCCGGGUAGCGGAUCAGCUCGUUUGGUCGCUGGAUCCCAAGAAGCCGACCUGUGCGGGAAAAGCAUGCAAUGAGCCACUCGCUCGCCAUUGCAAAGUCUACGUCCACAAUGAGAGCCGCAUCUUCGUGGCUACGGAACCGUGGGAUGGCCAGAUUAUUGGACGUGGCAGUACGCCUGCCCCAGAGCUCAUUACCACAUGGAGUGCCUGUCGUAUAUGCGGUUGUGCGACGCCAUUCAUUCCCGUCUCGGAAGAAAUGCAGCGAUACUCGUUCGCCAAAUUCUUGGAACUUCACUUCUACCCUGCCGACGUGCAACUGGUACAUGGUGCGGGGUGUCAGCAUAAUAUCUACCAGCAUCAUGUAAGGUUCUUCGCCACAAGAGGCAUGACCGUACGCUUCCAAGCCGACCCUAUCACUCUCCACGAGAUCAUCUACCCGCCGAUGCGUAUUCGCGUCCGCCCCGAAACCCAGCUGCAGCUCAAGAACCAGGAUUACGAGCGUCUCAUGACCCGUAGCACGCUCUGGUAUACAGCCCUCAUCGACGACCUGAAGCUGAUCAACAUCGACGCUGCGACUGGAGACGAAGAGGCGGACACGAAGCUCACCGCGGACAUCAACCAGCUGAUCAACCGAGCAGAGAUGGAGAAAGCGCAGGUCGCUCGUCUCAUCAACCAAAUCUAUACCGAGUCUGCCCCAACGGACACCUUGAUAUUGAAUCAGGUUCGCUCGUUUCGCCAGGACAAGAUCGUGGCCUGGCAGGCGGAUUUCGAUAGGCUUCCGAAACCGAAGGGACCGUCCACCGACAAACGCCGUACUUCGGCAUUUGGAUCGGUGCGAGCGAUGUGGCCUAGGCGAUACGAGCUGUCAGCGCUGGAAAACAAUCUACAUAUGCCUUCGUCUAGCGUGUCUGAAGCAGACGAGCCGACAUUGAGCAGGAGAACUACGGGAGAGUCGUUCACCUCCGCCUCAGAGGCGUCAGAGAUGUCGGAAACAGAGGCGGAAAGCAACGCGUCUCGUCGUGGGGACAGUAUGGCUCUCGAUUCAUUGAAGGAGUCUAGUGCAGACUCGCCCGGGACUCAGGCAUCCGGAACAGAAGAACACCUCUCUAGCUCGGUUGAAGGACUCCCUCGUUCUGACCCAGAAAGUGAUUCGACUAUCGGUGCAACCAAGGCUGGGUUGGCAUCCUCUGUUGGUGCCAUCACUUCGGACGGUGAACAAGCAGUGACAACUGAACGCCCAUCCAGGGGUGGCUCUAGGCUACCGCGACGUCCCGUACAACAGCCAAGCGUCGCCGAGCUUGUCAAGAAAUACCAGGACUUUCUACCUUCGCAGGGUAUGGAGGAGCUGGCGAAGACCGCACUCUCUCCUGUGACCCAAGCCGCCGAUAGCGAUCAGGAGAGCACCACGUCGCACUUACAAUCGCGUAUCGUACGAAGCAGGAUCCGUCACGCACCUGUCAGGAAAGGUUCUACGUCUGACUUUGAAUCCGGUUACGCCGCCAACAUCGCACCACGCUAUCUUACGCACUCUCGGAGACAUGUUCGACAGUCAUCGUACGGAAGCAACUCGAGCAAGAUCCCCGUGCCCGUUCCUUCGUCGUUCGAAUCGCAAGACCCUUCUCGCCAGCCCUCGCCCGAAAAGCGCUCCACUCUCACGGCGGUGAAAUCGGACGCACCUGUAUCUAUUCUGCGCAAUGGAAGGACAAGUCCGCCUCCUGGCGUUCGUCCGUUCCUGGCUGUAGCAGGACCCUCGAAACCACCACGGACGAAGCCUUCGACUCGUAGUGCUACAAAGGAGAAGACACCGUCUCGUCCGACUUCGAGCUCUGGCCAGAAAUCGACUUUCAGACGCGCACCAGUAACACCAGGUGGCAAGGUCUCCAACAUCGCAAAGCAUUUCGAGCGCAUGAAUCGAGAUAACGAACGUGCGAAUCGACGUUAUGCGGUCAUUCGUGGACGCCGAGCACGUCCAGUUGCCUCUGCUCGUGCGCGGGUAGAGAUUCUUGACAGCGUGAAAGAUGCGAUAAAGGAUGAGUCGGAGAGCUCUGAUUCCUCGAGCGAAGCUGACGACGAAGGCGGCGAUGAAGAUGAGGGCCAGAAGCCUUCAGAGGCGACAUCUCCCGACUCUUCGACCAAGACUUCCCCGGAGGCUUCUGCAACACUUCCUGAAGUCAAUAUCGGGUCUGAGCCUCACGUCUCUGACUUAAACCAGCCCGACGGUUCCCAGCCAUCUGGGCCGUCGCAAGCAGAGCCCGAUCCUGGACCCAGCAAACCGCCUGGAGAACCGUCGAGUGCUCCCAGGGAUCGCGAGAUGGCCAUGUCGGUCCCGGCUUCACCAUUGCUGUCGUCCAUCUUCCCGCACUACAAAGAACAAUCCUUGCCUCCGCCAUCUGACUUCGAGCUAGGGCCUGGGCAGGAACGGAACUCGAUUUUGAAAGCAUUCACGAAUCUCUGGCCUCAGCAUUUGCCACAUCCUCGUGCUCGGGGCGAGUUGGAGGGCGAUGAUCCUAUGGCCGAUCCGGAGCAUAUUUUCCGAGACUCUUCGAUGGUUGUACGGACUGACGAACCGACAUCCAUCAUCGCCCUCGCACUGAAUUCCCCGCAAUACCGUGACAUGUUGGCCAAGUCUCGUGCCGAAAAGCGACAUGCGAAAGAACCCAAGCUUAUGAACGAAAGCGGUGAAGCCUUCAUGCCUGACGACCGCUCUAUUGCGGAGUCUACAUCUACAUGGGGCGUAGUCAACGUCGAAUCGACCGAUGGUGCCAAUCCUACGGAGGAACUUCGUGUUCCAUCUUCGAAAUCACCUUGGGCAAUCACCUUCGAAAGUGGUGGUCUUACCAUUAGCUGCACGGUUCUCUACCCUGAACAAUUUGAUGCUCUUCGAAGGACUUACGACUGCGAGAAGAGCAUGAUUGAAUCUUUGGCGCGGUGCGUGAAGUGGAACGCGAGUGGUGGAAAGUCGGGUUCCGCAUUCUUGAAGACUCGGGACGAUCGCUUCAUUGCGAAAGAGAUGUCCAGGGCAGAGCUACAAACCAUGGAGACUUUUGCGCCUGCAUACUUCGACUACAUGUCCUCCGCAGUGUCUGCCAAUCGUCCCACACUUCUCGCGAAGGUCUUCGGUUGCUACAAGAUCACCUUCGGGAAGAACGGCAAGGACAGGGGACAAGGGCGAGCAAGACCUACCCAGAUGAACCUGUUAGUCAUGGAGAAUCUGUUUUACGACAGGCGGUACUCGAAAAUCUAUGACCUUAAAGGCUCUACUCGUAAUCGACAUGUCCAAUCCACUGGGCGAGAGAAUGAGGUCCUUCUCGAUGAGAACUUGGUCCAGUCUGCUCAUCUCGCUCCAUUUUAUCUUCGCGAGCAUUCCAAGCGUAUUCUUCGAGGUGCUCUCUAUAACGAUAGUAAAUUCCUUGCCGACAUCAAUGUCAUGGACUAUUCGCUCGUAGUCGGCGUUGAUAGCGAGAGGAAUGAACUUGUUGUUGGUAUUGUUGAUUACGUGAGGACGUAUACUUGGGAUAAGAAGCUUGAAAGCUGGGUGAAGGAAUCAGCCUUCCUCGGCGGUGCAGGCAAAGGUGAACCAACUAUCGUCACUCCAAAACAGUACAGGCAGAGAUUCACGAGUGCUAUGGAGCGAUAUUUUCCACUUGUCCCCGAUCGAUGGACGAAGCUGAAGGAUGCUCCCGAGGAAGAGGGAAAUACCCUCCUCGAGUUGUGGCCCGAUUGGUAAACUUCACGAUGACCACCCAUCUCCUGGAUGGUAUGACUUUUCACGAUCAAUGAUGUAUACUCUGGCAAUCUGAAUGUGUACAGUAGAGCACAACAUUUCUCCGGCGAACCGCUCUCGAUCCUGCUAUUUUCUCUAUAAUGUUUCCUGGACGACUAUGAUUUCUCUUCCUCUCAUGCUCAUUCACAACCACGGACUUACACCUUAUGACUCCCGUUAAC